AUGAUAAAAGAAAAAAAAAAUCCCAACUCAAUAAUGGAAACUCUCUACCUGGUUCUAUCUAUCUUCUUCCUCUUCCUAUCUCUGAAACUCUUGUUCGGAAUACGGCGGCGCAAGCUAAACCUACCGCCGAGUCCCUCUCGGCCAUUUCCGGUUAUCGGACACCUCCACCUCCUAAAGCUGCCGCUCCACCGCAGAUUUCUCUCGCUCUCCAAAUCACUAGGCGACGCCUCGAUUUUCUCUCUCCGCCUAGGCACUCGCCUCGUUUUUGUUGUAACUUCCCACUCCGUCGCUGAGGAAUGCUUCACCAAGAAUGACGUCGUUUUAGCUAACCGGCCGGAGUUUAUCGCCGGGAAACACAUCGGGUACAACUCAACCACCAUGGUCGGUGCGGCGUAUGGCGACAGCUGGCGUAACCUCCGUCGUAUUGGCACCAUUGAGAUCUUCUCGACUCUUAGGCUCAAUAGCUUCUUGUCCAUCCGUAAAGACGAGAUCCGACGGCUGAUACUCUCUCUAUCCAAAAACUCUCAACAAGAGUUUGCGAAGGUGGAGAUGAGAACCCUGUUUAUGAGCUUGACUAUCAACAACAUCUUUAGGAUGGUUGCCGGAAAACGAUUUUACGGCGAAGGAACAGAGGACGACGAUGAGGCAAGACACGUGAGGCAGUUGAUCGCCGAAGUGGUUGUUAGUGGCGGCGUUGGGAAUGCUGCCGACUAUUUCCCGAUCCUUCGCUGGAUAACGAGCUAUGAAAAACGGGUUAAGAACUUGGCGGGUCGGGUCGACGGGUUUUUGCAGAGUCUGGUGAACGAGAAACGUGCGGAGAAAGAAAAGGGUAACACCAUGAUCGAUCACUUGCUUUCUCUCCAAGAAACUCAGCCUGAUUACUACACCGACGCCAUCAUCAAAGGAAUCAUGCUCGUUAUGGUUCUUGCCGGGACUGAUACAGCAGCAGGAACCUUAGAAUGGGCGAUGUCCAAUUUGUUGAACCAUCCAGAAGUAUUAAAGAAGGCAAGGACCGAAAUCGACGAGCAAAUCGGUUUAGACCGGUUAAUAGAGGAACAAGACAUUGUGAAACUUCCUUAUCUACAGAGCAUUAUGUCGGAGACUUUACGACUUUACCCUGUGGCUCCAAUGCUUCUCCCUCACUUGGCAUCGGAAGAUUGCAUGGUGGCAGGAUAUGAUGUCCCACGUGGCACGACGGUAUUGGUGAACGCAUGGGCCAUACAUAGAGACCCGAAAAUGUGGGAAGAUUCAGAGAAGUUCAAGCCAGAGAGGUUUGAGGAGGAAGGACAGGAUAAAAAGUUGAUGCCUUUUGGAAUCGGACGACGAGCUUGUCCUGGAUCAGGGCUAGCUCAGCGGCUAGUGACGCUGGCUCUUGGUUCGUUGGUCCAGUGUUUUGAGUGGGAGAGAGCCGGAGAAGAGUAUGUGGACAUGAGAGAAAGUGAAAAAGGAACCACGAUGCGCAAAGCUACGCCGUUGCAAGCUAUGUGUAGAGCUCGUCCCAUCGUCCAUAAGAUCAUAGAUGCGUCUUCUUGUCCAUAG